CUCUUUCUCCAUCUCUAUAUAUACUACCCCAUUCUCUCCUUCAUUCCUCCUCACUUAUAUAACCCUAAAUUCGCCGGAGAGAGUCGAAGUUAGAGAAUUUCAGUUCGCCGCUGCGGAAGCUCCAUAACCAAAAUUCCUUCCGCCGCAGCGUUCUUGUUUAGAAAUUCUUUCGCUCCGACUCCGAUCAAAAGCAAUGGCUCGUUCUUUUUCCAACUCGAAGGUUCUCUCUGCUUUCGUCUCCGAUUCCCUUUCUGCUUUUCUUAGCAGGCGUGGAUAUGCAGCGGUAUCACAAGGUGAGGUCUCCGGUGUAGUGAAAGGAGGAGUGCCAAGGAGCAACGUGAUGAUGAAAAAAAACGGAGAGGAAUCCGUGAAGACUUCAUGGGUGCCAGAUCCAGUUACCGGUUACUACAGGCCGGAAGGACAAGCAAAUGAGAUUGACGCUGCUGAGCUCCGGAAGAUGCUGUUGAAGCACAGAUCUGGAAACAACUGAAAAACCAUCGUUCAAAUACGAAGCUGCCUCUUUGAUCAGAGGUCUUUGAUCAACGAGAAAAGAGUUAAAGAGAAUUUAGGGGAGACUGUUUUAUCAGGAAAAAAUAGUGAAAUCUACUUGCUUUUUAAUUUUAAGCUUAAUAUUGUUAUAUCCUAUUCUGUCCUUUAUUCAUGCAGUGAACAACUUAAUGAAAGGUAUAAUUACAAGUA